AAACAAGCUCUGUUCUUCAUUCAGUUCCUAAUCACAACAGUUUACGGAUAUGUCUCACUCUUCUGAGGAUGAAGAUAACUCCUCUAUUUCUCUGUCCCCAUCAAGGUUCUCCGAGCAGGGUAGUACAAUGUCCCUGAGAUCAUGGACUAUCCCAAAGAUUACAGCAGAACUCCGUCGUCGGGGGAUUCCUUUUUCAGCCACAGCUAGGAAAGCUGAACUGUUUAGGUUACUCUGCUCCAAGAGCUCACCCUCCAGUGAGGACAAUGUUACUCUUGCCACUAUAAACAAUUCGCUAUUGCAACUCCAUGUUAUGUUAAACAGCUUGUUGGCUUCACUUAAUGAUGUUCAGCAUAGGUUAGAGGUGGUUGAGGCUCGCACAACCACUUCACCCAUUGCAGUAAGCUCUGGCAAGACCAGCAUUGUUCCGGGUAGUCAAGUUUGCAUAGGUUCUUCUAUAUCUACGCCAGUUUUAACUAAAGUCCAUUUCGUGCCAGAAUCUAUCAAGCAAGAUAUUCUGAAUGGAAAGGAAUUUAAUUUAGCGUCCUUAUUGAUAGACUAUCGUGAUGUCCUAGAAAAUGAGUGUUUUUCAUUUGGGGAGGUGUCUGUCAUUAUGAAGGCCAAAGACCCUAGACUUAACAGGAAGUUAAACAUUUCAGAAUUUGUGUUGGCUUUUAGUAUCUUUCGAGACGUGCUGUGCUCUGUUAAUCCGGGUAGGCGGGAAGAGCUUGAUCAAUAUCUGUAUACAGUAGUAGAUCUGGGUUACAAGUAUGGUGGAUUUAUGUUUUAUGAUCAUUUUCAGCGAAAGCCGCUGCCUCUUUGGCACAAUUCCAGCGGGUUAUCAAUUGGGCCCUAUUGGAUACAGAACUCUUCUGUUGGCACUUUGCAGGAUUAAGGGCCACAGUAUGCAAUACAUGCCAUUCAUCCUUACAUACUACUAAUUGGUGUCCUAAUGCCAAUCAGAAUGCCAUUCCUGGUACUUCUAAUGCCCUCUCUAGUACACACACUGCCAGCACACAAUCUCCUCCUGGGGUGGACAAGUUAGGGAGGCCCAUUCACUACCUCGGUAAAGUGCAGAUUUGUAACAAUUACAAUGUUUUGUCCUGCAAAUAUAGCCAAUGCCGGUUAUUACAUAUAUGCAUAUCAUGUUUCAAAGCACACCCCAAGGUCCAAUGCCCCAAAACAAUUGGUUCUGGCUUAUGAUUAGGCGGGAUCUUACAGAUUUCCUGUAAUGGGUUUGCUUUUGGGAUUCACAGUGGGUUCAUUACACUUUUCCAAGAUACUUUUGAAUGCAGGAAUCUGUCUGCUGCAAAGUUUGUUAUAGGCCCCUUUAGGUAAUCACUAUUUCUAAGGUGGAGGGUCAAUCCCAGUGGGUGUGUGUAAAAUUCUUAAAUAAAUAUCAGUUAAUUUACAAUUUGUAUGUUUCACAUUCCUCACACGUUUCCAGUCUUAAAUAAUUGAGUUCUCGUUGACGUACACAUCUGUAGAUGAAGCCAUGCAGAGAAUCCUUACACUAGAUCCAGGCACAUGGCUGUCCAAAACUGACAUAUCAUCUGAUAAUUUUAAACUCCUGCCUAUCCAUCAUUGUAGCUGUGGCACAGAAUUAAGUGGGAAAGGAAUUGUUGUUUUGUGAUUAGGUUAACUUUUACAAUAAAGACAA